AUGUCUGCACCUCCCGAAGCACCGCCACCCGAGAAGGUUGCUGCCAAUGUCGAGGGCGAGGGUGCUGCCCAGACGAAGACUGCUGCCAAGAAAGAGGCAAAGCGACUAGAAAAGGCUGCUAAAUUUGCUGCUAAAACUGCUAAAACUCCAGCCCCUGCCGCUGCUGCAAAUAACGAGAAGAAGAAACCCGCGAAAGAGCCCAAACCCGAGGAGCCUGCGUUUGUUAACAAUACCCCUCCUGGAGAGAAGAAGGAUCUUUCGCAGCCAAUGGCAGCUGGCUACAACCCUAUUGCAGUCGAGUCAGCUUGGUACGAUUGGUGGAAUAAGGAGGGGUUCUUUAAGCCACAAAUGGGACCCGAUGGUCGUUCUACAUCUACCGGACAAUUCGUUCUUCCUUGCCCUCCACCCAACGUGACUGGUAGUCUCCACAUUGGUCAUGGAUUGACCGUCGCUAUCCAAGAUUCCCUUGUGCGAUGGAAUCGUAUGUUGGGCCGAACCACUUUAUUCGUACCCGGAUAUGACCACGCCGGUAUCUCUACUCAAUCAGUCGUCGAGAAGCGAUUAUACAAAGCUAGCGGCAAGACGAGGCAUGACUUGGGACGAGAAAAGUUCCUUGAGACGGUGUGGGACUGGAAACAUGACUAUCAGGGUCGUAUUACGAAGCAGAUGGAGCGACUGGGUGGAAGCUAUGAUUGGACUCGCGUUGCAUUCACCAUGGAUGAGAACCUAUCAAGGGCUGUAUCCGAGACUUUCUGCAGACUACACGAGGAUGGUAUCAUCUAUCGCGCCAACCGCCUCGUGAACUGGUGUGUCAAACUGAACACGACCCUGUCCAACCUCGAAGUCGAGCAAAAGGAGCUCAAAGGCCGAACACUACUCAACGUUCCCGGCUACGACGAGAAGGAACGAUUCGAGUUUGGUGUCAUCACCAGCUUUGCCUAUCCGAUCGAAGGUUCAGAUGAGAAGAUCGUGAUUGCGACUACUCGACCGGAGACCAUGCUCGGUGAUACGGCUGUGGCUGUCCAUCCGGAUGAUCCUCGUUACAAGCAUUUACACGGCAAAUUCGUCUCCCAUCCGUUCCUCCCCAACCGUCGAAUGCCAAUCGUAACUGAUUCGAUCAUCGUCAAUAUGGAGUUUGGAACUGUCGGAACGAGGCACAAUCUCGAGUUUAUUAAUAUUUUGAACGACGAUGGAACUCUGAACGAGAACGCGGGCGAACGCUUCAAGGGAAUGAAACGAUUCCAUGCCCGUCGUGCAGUCGUUGAUGCUCUUAAAGAGCUAGGUUUGUACGUCGAGCAAAAGGACAACCCUAUGCAAAUUCCCAUCUGCGCUAAAUCUGGCGACAUUAUUGAACCGGUCAUGAAGCCUCAGUGGUGGGUCAACUGCAAGCCUCUCGCCGAAGAGGCCAUCAAGCGCACGCGAGCUGGUGAACUGGCCAUUACCCCCAAGACAUCCGAGGCCGAAUGGUACCGCUGGCUCGAAAACAUCCAAGACUGGUGUAUUUCUCGUCAACUCUGGUGGGGUCACCGUUGUCCCGCAUAUUUUAUCGAUAUCGAAGGGAAGGACCAAGACAAAAAUGAUGGAAAAUGGUGGGUUGUUGGCAGGACCGAGGAAGAGGCUUUGGAGAGGGCGCAGAAAAUUGCUGGGAGUGCCAAGUUUACGCUGCACCAAGACGAAGAUGUGCUAGAUACCUGGUUCUCGUCUGGUCUUUGGCCAUUCUCCAUUUUAGGAUGGCCAAAAGAGACCGAAGAUAUGAAGAACUUUUACCCGGCCUCGAUACUCGAAACCGGCUGGGACAUUCUCUUUUUCUGGGUCGCCCGUAUGGUUCUCCUCGGAAUCAAACUCACAGGCCAAAUGCCAUUCAAGGAGGUCUUUUGUCACGCCAUGGUCCGAGACGCGCACGGUCGCAAAAUGUCCAAAUCGCUUGGAAACGUGAUCGACCCGGUGGACGUUAUCGAGGGCAUCACGCUCGAUCGGCUCCAGGAGAAACUGAAAGAAGGAAACUUUGACGAGCGGGAGAUUUGCGGAACGGAUGCGUUGAGGUUUGCGUUGUGCGCAUAUACGUCUGGAGGAAGGGAUAUUAAUCUGGAGAUUCUCCGAGUCGAGGGGUAUCGAAAGUUUUGCAAUAAAUUGUGGAAUGCGACCAAGUUUGCCAUGCUCAAGUUGGAUGAAGGGUUUGUACCCGAAUCGUCUGCCAAGCCAACUGGGCAAGAAACCAUCGUCGAAAAAUGGAUCCUGCACAAGCUGGAUGUGGCGGCUGUCGACACGAACAAAGCGCUCGAGGAGAGGAAUUUCAUGACUGCCACGACGGCGGUUUAUAACUUUUGGCUGUAUGAACUCUGUGACGUCUUCAUUGAAGCGAUGAAACCUAUGACCGAUGAAUCGGCCUCGGAUGCUGUCAAGAAUUCUGCUCAAAAUACACUGUACACCUGCCUGGACCUGGGACUAAGGCUCUUGCAUCCGUUCAUGCCGUUCGUGACCGAAGAACUCUGGCAGCGCCUUCCUCGCCGACCGGGUGACGCGACCAAGUCGAUUAUGGUUUCGAGCUAUCCGGUCAAGGAUUCGGCCUUUGAGAACGCUGCAGCGGACAAGGACUUUGAUAAAGUGUUUGGUAUCAUCAAGCAGAGCAGGUCCUUGGCAGCUCAAUAUAACGUUCAUUUUAUUUCCUCGACCUCGGCGGAAGAGGCUGCUAUGAUCACCACACAAACACCAACGAUAUCAUCCUUGAUCAAGGGAUGCAAAUCGGCGACUGUUACAUCGGAUGUACCCGAAGGAUGUGGAAGUGUUGUUCUCAGUCCCACCCUCACCGUUCACCUCCUCGUCAAGGGUAUGGUAGAUCUAGAUGCUGAAGUAUCCAAGCUUGAAAAGAAGUUGGGUUUAGCCCAAAUGAGCGCAGACAAGAUUCGUAAACUGCAGGAGCAACCGGACUAUGAGAAGAACUUGCCCGAGAACGUUCGCGAAUCUAAUGCGGAAAAGUUGGCUACACUUGAUGCAGAGAUUGCCGUGUUACAGGGUAGCAUUGAAAUGUUUUCAAAGUUGAAGUAG